AAAAUGAGCACGUCAACUCUUGAUCAUUUUAGAAAUGUACUUCUGAAGUUUUUUAGAAUAGAAAUUUAUCAGCAUUCAACAGCUUGGACAGAUGGCAUAAAGGUAUAGAAUUAAGCACUACGGAUGGCAUUGUGUUUCGAUUCUACGAAAAUCGUGGUUCCAUGCCAAUACCAUUUGAUGGAUGUCCGUUCGUGCAAUUGGGAACAGAAGUAAGAGAAUGCCACUACGGUCCUAAUAGGAAGGAAAGAAAGAAAGCUCAGCCGAAUGAUCCCGAACAUGCAUACGCCGGUGGCAAGAGGAAAAUAAUUCAAAACACAAAGAAACACGGCUGUUGCUGCCAGAUUCGAAUGAAAACCAUCUUGCGGUUCCCAGACUAUAAGCUUGAAGGCACAGACACAAGGCGGAAAAGACAGGCUGUCAUAGAUCGGCUAAAAUCAGCUGAAGUCUCUUCUUUGAGAGGCGAAGUGUGUGUUCUUGUUGCCUAUGUUGGAACCCACGAACAUCACGUAAUGGGCGAGGAGGCUGGCUAUGGGCAGCGCCUGGACAAAGAGAUUUUGCAAAAGAUAAAGGAACUUGCAAUGAAGGAGGGCAUAACAAAUGCCACUGAAAUGAAAAGCCACAUAGCAUUGUUUGUGAAGAGCAAGUACAGUCACAUUCCCAAGUCAAACAGAAGAUUUCAUCCAACUAUGCAGGACCUUCGAUUCCACAUAUCUUCUGCUUUGAAAAGCAAUAUACACUGUUAUGAUGAUCAGGGAAAUUUGACUGCUUUAAUUUCUGAAUGGAAGAAGGAAUCUCCUUCAGACAAUUUCCAUUUUCGUCCAAGUGGAAUUUCAUCAGAGGGUGUUCCGCAAACAUUGCUAUUUGUGCAUCAAUCCGAAUUUCAACGAAAAAUGUUAAUGAAGUAUGGGAGCACAGUGGUGAUGGAUAGCACAUACAACACUUCCAAAUACAAUGUAUGUGUCUUUUUUAUGGCUGUGUUGACUGGAACAGGAUACCUCCCAGUAGGGACUUUCCUACUGGAGAAAGAGACAGCGCAUGAGAUAAAAAGUGCGUUGGAGGUCAUCAAGGGCUGGUGUCCAAACUGGAAACCAAGAUCCUUUGUUUGCGAUCUUGAUCAGAGAGAAAUCUCUGCCGUAGAGGAAUGUUUCAAAGGUAGCCAUUCACUGAAGGUCCUUCAGACUGCCCCUUCUCCGUAG